AUGCCUCGAACAAAGCUUGGAACGAAUUGCGGUAGCCGCCAAGCUGGAGAGGAGAAGAGCAUUGAGGCUGGAUCCGACUGCAUCACAUCUCGAGCGACUAAUAACCAAUACCAGUUGCAGAAGAGCAUUGCAAGAAGAUCUUCGAAGGUACAGGCAGUUGAAACUUGUGGAUUUAGCACAAGGACAGUGGAGUCUAAAGAAGUGCCGCAGGGGCCUUCUUGA